AUGAACGAGGCGAACGUCAUCCGCUUCAUCAUCCGUCCCUGGCCCAGCGGCAAAAAAGAAAGUCAGACUAGAAGAGCGAUUUCUCUUUUGCUGGAGCCUGUGGAGCAUGCAGAUUAUGACGAUGAGGACCAAUUGGGUCCUGUCGGUAGCCCUAAGAAGAGGGGCGCAGAAUGCAAGGAGCGAUACGGGGGUGUCGUCGACUAA